GCAAGAACCAGAAGAAGGAGCGGGCGGCGGCGCUGCAACACGCCCAGCAGGAAUUUGGCACCGUCCCCCACUCCUUCGUCUUCCACCGCGGCCGCGUGGGCAAGAACGUGCGGCAGCUCAUGGCCGACGUGAGGAAGGUGAUGGAGCCCUACACCGCCAGAGCCCUCAAGGUGAGGAAAAACAACUCCCUGAAGGAUUUUGUGGCCGUGGCCGGGCCCCUGGGGGUGACACAUUUCUUGGUCUUCAGCAAAUCAACCUCCAGCAUCAAUUUUAAGCUUUUCCGGCUGCCUGGUGGCCCCACGUUGACGUUCAAGGUGAUGCAGUACUCGCUGAUCAAGGACGUGGUGUCGUCCCUCAAACGGCACCGAAUGCACGAGCAGCAGUUCACCCACCACCCCCUCCUGGUCCUCAGUAAUUUCGGUCUCCAGCAGAUCCAGGUCAAGCUGAUGGCCAGUAUGUUCCAGAACAUGUUCCCUUCCAUCAACGUCCACCGGGUCAACCUCAACAGCAUCAAGCGGUGUGUGCUCAUCAGCUACAACACAGAGACGCAGCUCCUCGAUUUCAGGCACUACAGCGUGAAGGUCGUGCCCGUGGGCGUCAACAAAGCCGUGAAGAAGCUGCUGCAGGAGAAGUUCCCCAACAUGAGCCGCCUGGAAGACAUCAGCGAGCUGUUGGUGAAGGACAUCAACCUGUCGGAGAGCGAGGCCGAGCAGGAUGGGACCCACAACGUCCUGGAGCUGCCGCAGGCGUACGCCGGCCGAGGAAACAUGAAAGCCCAGCAGAGCGCCGUGCGUCUCACCGAGAUCGGCCCCCGCAUGACUCUGCAGCUCAUCAAGGUGGAGGAAGGGUUGGCACAAGGCAACGUGCUCUACCACAGCUUCAUCCAUAAGAUGGAGGCAGAGGUGAAGGAGAUCCUGGCAAGGAAGGAGGCGAAGCUGCAGCUGAAGGCGGAGCGGCGGCAGAAGCAGGAGGCGGACGUGGAACGCAAGCGGCGGCAGAAGGAGGCCCACAGGGAGAAGAGCUUGGCAGGGAUCAGGAGAAAAAGGCAGGAGGAUGGAGACAGCGACGCCGAAGAUCCUGGGGCACCGGAGCAGCAGGAUGAGGCCGAGGAAUCGGAGGAGAACGACGCCGAAUAUUAUCGACAGGAGGUGGGCGAGGAACCGGAUAAAGAUUUGUUCCCUGAACGCCCCAAAAGGAAACGAAGCUCCUCAAGAGCUGCCCCGUUACGGAAGCGACGACGGCGAAGCCAAGGGGAACGUCCCACCACCCCCAACCCACGUCCCACCACCCCAAACCCUCGCCCCACGGCGGCGGGGAAGCGGCGGCGGAAGGGAGAACCGGCACCGAAGGACCCACAGAACCAAAACGGGGCCAAAUUUGGGGCCACGGGUCGAAAACUUCACCGAAAAACCAAACAACGGGCACGGGAUGGGGCCGGUCUUGGCUCCUCGAGGCCGAAGGGGCGAGGAGGGAAGUUGCUGACGAAGGGGAAAAUGAUUUUUCGGCGGCCCAGCCGUGCCAAGAAGGGGAAACGAGCCCCACAAGAGCUCGGGGCCAGAGAAGGUGACACAUUUUGUCCCCACUCUGGGACCACAACGCCUCCUCGGUGCCGGCACGAGGCGGCUUGGGCCUCCUCAAACCCCCACCACGCGGUGACCACGCUCUGUUUUUUGGCCGCCUACGACCUAAACUUGCACCCCUUUUUGGCCUCCAAAAGAGCUGGGUUGGGGGGGACACACAUCAUGAACACCACCACCACAGAGACAACCCCCCAAUGCGGCAACUUCAGCGACUUCCAGGAGAAGCUGUGGCCGGUGCUGGUGGUACAAUUCCCCCUGGCACUGGUGGGCAACGGCCUCGCCGUCUACCGUUUCGUGGUCCAGGAACGCUCCUGGCACAGCGGGAUCAUCUACUCCUUCCACCUGGCCGUCAGUGGGAUGCUCUUCUCCCUCUUCCUCCCCUUCCUGGCUGCUUAUUACUACCCUCCCAAACACUGGAAGUACGGCCCCUUGCUCUGCAAGCUGGACCGUUUCUUUGCCAACUGCAACCUCUACAGCAGCAUCUUCUUCGUCACCUGCAUCAGCCUCAACCGCUACCUCAGCAUCGUUCACCCACUCAAAGUCCACGGGAGGUUAGAGCCACGGCACGCCAAGGUGCUGUGUGCAGUAAUUUGGGUGCUGGCUGGGGCUUUUUCAGCACCCACCCUUCAUUUUGCAGAGCUGGAAGCAAACAGGGCCACGGGGAAGGUCGAGUGUUUGGGGACCGCGGUCCAGGGGCGUCUGCAAUAUUUUUAUCCCUACAGCCUGGUGCUGGCCGGGCUGGGCUGUGGGCUGCCCUUCCUCCUCACCAUUUUCUGCUACUCCGCGAUUAUCCGCACUAUUUUCCAUAAUCCUCACCUCAGCCAGUCAGAAAAACGCAAAGUGGGAAUACUGGUGGGGGUGGGAGUGGCUCUUUAUGCCUUUUCCUACUUGCCCUAUCACGUUUUUCGUAAUCUCAACCUGGGGAUGCGUUUGAUGCCAUCGAAAAAGGAGAACUGUGAAGUUUCCAGAGCCAUCCACACCACCCUGCAGGUCUGUAAAAUCCUCCUUAACCUUAAUAUCUGCCUCCACCCCUUGCUCUACGCCGCCCUGGCCAACAGCAUGCAGAGCUGCUGCCGCGCCGGUACCACCACCGAGAAGAGGACCGAGCACGUGGAGCUGCAGCCAACGACCCAGGAACCCCCCGAGGUGGCCCAAGGCACAGAGUAGCCCUUUGGGGACACG